AUCACGGUCAGCUCCCAUCCCGGCAGCCUUUUCGGCAGCAAAAUGGCAGCUCCCGUGGCGCGGGGCUUGUCUUGCUUAACCAGGGCUCUGGGAUGGUGGUCUCGCCAGCUCAUACUGGUGACUCAGUCCUCAGCCGUAGUUCCAGUAAGAACUAAAAAACGUUUCAUACCUGCUAAUGAACCCAAGUACCAAACACAAAAGGAAUUUUUAGAGCAGGCCCGGAAAGCAGGAGUGGUAAUUCCUCCAGAACGUUUGGAACGACCCAUCCAUCUGGCCUGUACAGCUAGUAUCUUUGAUGCCUACGUUCCUCCAGAGGGUGAUGCUCGCCUGUCGCCUCUUUCAAAGGAAGGGCUGAGGCAGAAAACUGAGCGACUGCAGAAGAACGUGACAUCACAAUUGUCCAUCCGGAAGAUAAAAGAAUAUGAUGCUAAUUUUAAGAUAAAGGACUUCGCUGAAAAAGCUAAAGAUAUCUUCAUUGAAGCUAAUCUUUGUCUCAACAACUCCGACCACGACCGGCUGCACACCUUGGUCACCGAGCACUGCUUCCCGGACAUGGUCUGGGACCUCAGAUACAAGACCGUCCGCUGGAACUUCGUGGAGUCCUUGGAGCCAGCGCGGGUGGCUCAGGUUCGCUGCUCCAGCCUGAUGAGCCAGGGCAACAUGUACGGCCAGGUCACCGUGCGCAUGCACUUGCGGCAGACUUUGGCUAUCUAUGAUCGGUUCGGCCGGUUGAUGUACGGGCAGGAAGACGUGCCCAAGGAUGUGCUGGAGUACGUGGUGUUUGAAAAACACCUGACGAAUCCCUAUGGGAGCUGGAGGAUGCACGCCAAGAUUGUUCCCCCAUGGGCGCCCCCAAAGCAGCCCAUCCUUAAGACGGUGAUGAUUCCUGGCCCCCAGCUGCAGCCAUGGGAGAACUGCAAAGAGAGCCCAGGAGAGGCCCCCAGCCCCCCGCAAGCCUGAGGGAAAGAUGCAACAUGGGUGGCGAGGCUGCUGGAGGCCACCUGUUUCCUCCAUCCUCGUGGGUCUUCCCGGCAGACUUGUUGCAGCCAUGGCUCAGGCUGGUCUCAGAGAUGGCUGAGGUGCACAGCGAUGGUCCCUUUCCGUCUUUUUUUUUUGUCU